AUGGAGCAGGCGGUGCGCGGCAGGGGCCUGAUCCCUGACAACUGCCAGCUGAAGUUUGUGAACUUUGAAAUCCAAGAGAACCACAUUACCCAUGAGACUGUGGGGCUCAGCUCUCAUCAGCUGGUGGUGAGGAGGGGACGGGCCUUCCAGGUGACUCUUAUAUUCCAACAGCCAAUCGACUGGUCUAUGUACAACUUUGACCUGGAGGUGCAGCUGGGUGAUCUAACAGAGAGGUUCCCCAUCCACUUCUCCUCUCAGUGCCUCAGCUCUCUGCACUGGUCUGCUCGAGUCUUCCCUGAAAACGUGCGCUCUCAUUCUGUGAGCGUGCACGUGUGUUCCCCCGUGCUCUCGGCUGUGGCCUCGUAUCACCUGCUGCUGCACAUACAGAGACAGUAUCACAUAUUCAACUAUGAACUGGGGACAUUUGUGCUGCUCUGUAACCCCUGGUGUAAAGAUGACCCGGUGUCCAUGCCUCUGGAGGUGCAGUUGCAGGAGUACAUCCAGAGUGACUAUGGGCUGGUGUAUGUGGGCACAGACCAGAGUGUGAGGCACAAGCCCUGGGCCUUUGGACAGUAUGAGCCUGGAGUUCUAGAGGCCUGUCUUCAGCUCCUCCAGGUGAGUCCACAGCACCAGAACGACAGGCAGAACGACUAUCUCCGGCGGGCUGAUCCUGUCUACCUCUGCAGGGUGCUUUGUGCUAUGGUGAACUGUAAUGAUGACCUGGGAGUUCUAGCAGGGAAGUGGCAGGGCAAUUACACAGAUGGAGUGUGUCCUACUGACUGGACCGGCAGUGCUGAGAUCCUGCUCCAGUGGUUGUCAUCUAACUGCAGCCCAGUGCGAUAUGGGCAGUGUUGGGUGUUUGCUUGUGUCCUCUGCACAGUGCUGAGGGUGCUUGGAAUCCCCUCUAGAGUUGUGACUGUUUUUAAUGCAGCCCAUGAUGUGAACGCAAACUUAAUAAUUGAAGAGUAUUACUCCAGUAAAGGGGAGAAGUUCAAUAUAUCAAAGGAUAGCGUCUGGAACUUCCAUGUGUGGGUAGAGUGCUGGAUGAGGAGAGAGGACCUGGGUGCAGACUUUAAUGGUUGGCAGGUAGUGGACCCCACCCCUCAGGAGAAGAGUGCAGGAAUCUACUGCUGCGGCCCGUGCCCAGUCUCAGCGGUCCAGAGACGAUGCCUUCACUGUCCUUUCGACGCCUCGUUCAUCCUGGCCUCGGUGGACGCAGACGUGGUUCGACUGAUUAUUCGGGAUGGCCUGGUGGUAGGGAGGAGCGUGGACACGGAGUGGGUAGGACAGCUGAUCUACACCAAGAGCAUUGGAUCGAACAAACCAGAGAACCUCACACACAUGUAUAAGACUAGGACAAAAACACCUUCUCCACGAACAUAUUCUUCAUCUGGAGUAUUUGGAAGGAUAUCAGUUCCUCCAUCAGGCAUUGUUUCCGGACUCAAAGUAUCUCUGGAAGUGGAGAAGACGCCAUCUAUGGGCGACUCCAUUUGCCUCUGCGUCACCAUUUCCAAUCACUCCAGACACGCCCGUUUCCUCACGGAGCGCCUCAACGCCCAGCUCAAACACUACAACUCCUGCCCUCACGAGAGCAUCUGGAAGGACCACCGUCAACUGGAGAUACAGCCAGGGCAAGUUCUAACCCUCCACCACAGCAUCCCCGCCUCUCUGUCCACGUCCCUAAUGGCCCAUGAUGACAUUGUGAAUGCAGCAGUGGUGAUAAAGGACAUGAACACCAAAGAGAGAGUACUGGCUGCUCAAGAGUUCAACAUCUGUUCACAUGACAUCAGUAUAGAGGUUGAAGGAGGGGACAGGAUUCAGAUGAAGACAAACUAUAUGGCACAUGUCUCCUAUACAAAUCACUGCAGUACUGUAAUAAGUGGUGCCGUCUUGUGCUUGGAGGGCUUUGGACUGUUGCAGAGCAAGCAUGAGACCAGGCAGGCACUGUUGCAGCCUGGGGAGUCCAUCCAGACCAGUGUGUCCAUCAUGGCAUCCUCUCCAGGAACCAAACUGCUGCAGGGGACCUUCUCUCACAGUCACAGCCCUGGAGUAGUGUCCCGAAGCUUCCACAAAAUCUCCGUUCACAACUAA